AGAAGGUGAUUUCGUGAUUCCAGUCUAUGUUGCAGAGUGUCAAAAAUGUGAGAACUGUACAUCAGAAAAGACCAAUCUAUGCCUAACCUACCCACUGGACUUUAGUUGCCUAAUGCUUGAUGGCACCUCAAGAAUGUCUGUGAGAGGCCAGAGGUUAUACCAAAUGUUUUGCUGCUCAACAUGGUCUGAGUUCAUGGUUGUUAAUGUCAAUAAUGCUUUGAAGAUUGAUCCAGGAUUAGAUCUUGCACAUGCUAGCGUCCUUUCAUGUGGUUUCUCAACUGGAUUUGGGGCAGCUUGGAAGGAAGCUCAGGUUGAGAAGGGCUCAAGCGUGGCUAUUUUUGGCCUUGGUUCUGUUGGCUUGGGGGCAGUAGAGGGAGCUAGAAUGCUAGGGGCAGCGAAAAUAAUUGGCAUAGACAAAAACCCCUUAAAGAAGGAAAAGGGACAAACUUUUGGAAUGACUGAUUUCAUAAACCCAGAGGAAUCAAACGAACCAGUUUCUAAGUUGAUUAAAGACUUAACUGGUGGAAUGGGUGUUAGCUACAGCUUUGAGUGCACUGGAUCUACACCAUUAGUCAAUGAAGCAAUUGAAGCCACAAAGAUGGGAAUCGGAAAAACCAUAAUAAUUGGCACGGGAGAACAUCCUAACAUGCAGGUAAAUUUCCUUUCCCUUGUUUGUGGCAGAACUUUGAAGGGAUCUGUCUUUGGAGGGAUCAAAGCCAAAACCGACCUCCCAUUGGUGCUCAAAAAAUGCAAAAAUAAGGAAAUCAAACUUGACGGAAUUUUGACUCAUGAGGUUCAGCUUGGAGACAUAAACAGGGCAUUUGAGUUAUUGAAGCAACUGGAUUGUGUGAAGGUUCUUAUCAAAAUUUGAUGGAUAUGAGUCGCAACAAGAAAUAAAACGAUGAAAGAAGAUGAGUGGGGCCAAAAAAGUGCGACGAAAUCUUUAUAAUCCUAAAUAACAGUGCUCUAAAAUAAUAGUUGAAAAAUAGUGGCCCAAUAUGUACUCUUUGUUUGUCAUAAUGUUAAUUUUAUUUAGCAAGUACAUCUUGAUAACAUAAAUUUCGUAGAGGCUU